AAUCAUUGUGUACUAAAGGACACAACACAAACAACUUUGUUGAAGCAUCUACCAGAGUACUGAAAGAUAUUAUACUGGAAAGAUGUAAAUCCUUUAAUGCUGUGGUAUUAGAUUUUAUAACCAAUAUUCUGGAAUGUUACCAUAAAAGACGUCUGAUAUCAUUUGCUAGCAACAGAAAAACGAAAAUUAAUUUAAACUACUUAAAAUUUAAAGAUAAAAUUAGAAAUCUAACAGUUAAGAAAAUAGAUAAUGAAACUUUUUUAGUUUCUUCAGCUGAAGACAAAAAUAUGCAUUAUACUGUUCUAACAAAUUCCGCCUUAUGCAAUUGCGCUAGUGGAACAGGAGGGGCCUUUUGCAAACAUUUAUGUGCUGUAGAAAAUUCGUUUAGCAUCAAUAUUUUAUCGAGUCCCCAGUUAACGGAAAAUGACCGACAAAUAAUUGUUUAUCUAGCCACUGGUAAAAAAAACUGUUCAUUUUUUAAAAACAUGAUCGAAAACGACGAUUCGGUUGCAUUUGGGGAAUGCAAUACCACUUUAAACGCAAGUAAUCAAACCCAAUCGGAUUCUAUAACUGAUGUUGAAAAUAUUGAAAGUAAACCUUGUAGCGAAGAACAUAAAAAUGUAGUGGAAAGUCUGAAAAGGGAGUUUAGCCGUAUUGCAGAUUUAGCAAAACAUGAGAGUUGUAAUACAGAGUUAAUAAAAAAGUUUGUUGGAAGCCUAAGAGCAAUUAACACAGGUAGUCAGUUGGAUUCAUUCCUAGCUAGCAAGCAGUGUAUCAAACGAAAAACAAAAUUAAUAAAAGUCCAGCCUACAGCACGCAGUAGAAGAAAGAUACAAAAUGCUAAAAUGGGGGGACAGAGAAUUCAAAGUGGGCGCCCUUCCAGAAAAAGAAAACUCAACCUGUUCCUUAAUAUCAUGUCUAAUCUUCCUAAUUCCAAAAUUCAUUAG